UGCGUGCGACAAGGAGUCACCUAAUCCAUUUCUAAAGGUCCCCCUUCACUGGUAGUCUGGUCAUUUACUUCUUCGUCUAAACCAAACCUCCUUCUCGUAACAGUCACAGUUACUGAUACCGUGAGCUGACAUGGCUUUUCCGGUGGUUGACACGGAGUACCUGAAGGAAAUCGACAAGGCUCGCCGCGAUCUUCGCGCCUUAAUCGCCUACAAGAACUGCGCCCCUAUCAUGCUCCGUUUAGCGUGGCAUGACGCGGGAACAUAUGACGUGAACACGAAGACUGGUGGACCAAAUGGAUCAAUUAGGAACCCAGAGGAGUACUCUCAUGGCGCCAAUAAUGGCUUGAAAAUUGCUCUUGAUUUCUGCGAGGAAGUCAAGGCUAAACAUCCGAAGAUAACCUAUGCAGACCUAUACCAGCUUGCUGGCGUUGUGGCAGUUGAGGUUACUGGGGGCCCCACCAUUGGCUUUGUCCCUGGUAGAAAGGAUUCAAAAGUUUCUCCAAAUGAAGGGCGUCUUCCAGAUGCCAAAAAAGGUCCACCUCACCUAAGGGACAUAUUCUAUCGGAUGGGUCUUUCAGACAAGGAUAUAGUAGCCCUUUCAGGAGGCCAUACUCUGGGACGAGCUCAUCCAGAAAGAUCAGGUUUCGAUGGCCCUUGGACCAGGGAGCCUCUGAAGUUUGAUAACUCAUACUUCGUGGAACUGCUGAAUGGGGAAUCAGAAGGGUUAUUACAACUUCUAUCUGACAAGGCUUUAGUUGAAGACCCUGAGUUCCAUCGGUAUGUUGAGUUGUAUGCAAAGGAUGAGGAUGCGUUCUUCAGAGAUUACGCCGCAUCUCAUAAGAAACUUUCGGAACUAGGGUUUUCCCCAAGUUCCUCAAAAACAAUUCAAAAAGAUGGUAGUAUAUUGGCUCAGAGCGCAGUGGGAGUUGCGGUUGCCGCUGCAGUGGUGAUCCUCAGCUACGUCUAUGAAGUUCGCAAAAGGAUGAAAUGAAUAAGAUUACUAAAUACUAAAUGUACCAUGUACCGUCCCUUACUGAUCUCUACAAUUUAGCUUGUAUUACCCCAGCCCAGUCGAGCUCUCAUAUAUACUCAUAACAAUUCCUAUAGGUCUUGUGAAACACAAAAAGAACACUCUUCCUAGGCCAUUUCAUUGGGUUUGUCUGUUUAUUCUUAUUAUGCCUGAGUAUAAGUGGACCAUUCUAUUACAGAUAUAA